AUGGCUGAAUCAGGACAAACAGAAACUUUUGCAUUUCAAGCUGAGAUUGCUCAGUUAAUGAGUUUGAUUAUCAAUGCUUUCUACAGCAAUCGUGAUGUAUUCCUUCGUGAAUUGAUUUCUAAUUCUUCUGAUGCUUUGGACAAAAUUCGUUAUCAAGCUCUUACAGAACCAAAAGAACUUGAUACUGGAAAGGAUCUCUACAUUAAGAUUAUUCCAAACACAGCUGAGCGAACCCUUACAAUUGUUGACACUGGUGUUGGUAUGACAAAGGCUGAUCUUAUCAAUAAUCUUGGUACUAUUGCAAAAUCUGGUACUAAAGCCUUCAUGGAAGCUCUUCAAGCUGGUGCAGAUAUCUCUAUGAUUGGUCAAUUUGGUGUUGGUUUCUACUCUGCUUUCCUUGUCGCCGACAGAAUCACUUUAAUUUCAAAACACAACGAUGAUGAAUGCUACAUGUGGGAGUCAUCCGCUGGUGGUUCAUUUACCAUCACUGAAUACAAUGAUCCUGAGUUAACUCGUGGUACAAAAGUUAUUCUCCACAUCAAGGAGGACCAAGCUGAGUAUCUUGAGGAAAGAAAAAUUAAAGAAAUUGUUAAGAAACACUCUCAAUUCAUUGGUUAUCCAAUUAAAUUGGUUGUUGAGAAGGAACGUGAAAAGGAAGUUUCUGAUGACGAAGAUGACACAAAGAAGGAAGGUGAUGUUGAAGAUGUCAAGGAAGAUGAAAAGAAGGAGAAGAAAAAGAUCACAGAGAAAUACAAUGAAGAGGAAGAAUUAAACAAGACUAAACCAAUUUGGACACGUAAUCCAGAUGAUGUCACCAAUGAGGAAUAUGCUGACUUCUAUAAAUCUUUGUCAAAUGACUGGGAAGAUCAUCUUGCAGUCAAACACUUCUCUGUUGAAGGUCAACUCGAGUUCCGUGCUCUUCUUUUUGUUCCACAACGUGCUGCAUUUGACUUAUUUGAGAACAAGAAAAAUAAGAAUGGAAUCAAGCUUUAUGUCCGCCGUGUCUUCAUCAUGGAUAACUGUGAACAGUUGAUGCCUGAGUAUUUGAACUUUGUUAAGGGAGUUGUCGAUUCUGAAGAUCUUCCACUCAACGUUUCUCGUGAAAUGCUCCAACAUUCUAAUAUUCUUAAGGUCAUCCGUAAGAAUCUUAUUAAGAAAUCUUUGGAGCUCUUUGAAGAAAUCGCUGAGGAUGCUGACAACUUCAAGAAGUUCUAUGAGCAAUUCUCAAAGAACAUUAAACUCGGUAUCCAUGAAGACUCAACAAACAGAAAGAAACUUUCAGAGUUCCUUCGUUACCAUACUUCAGCUUCUGGUGAUGAGCAAGUUUCACUAAAACAAUAUGUUGAAAGAAUGAAGGAGGGACAAAAUUCAAUUUACUUUAUCACCGGUGAAUCAAUUGAGAUUGUAUCCAAGUCUUCAUUUGUUGAACGUUUAGUCCGUAAAGGUUAUGAAGUCAUCUACAUGUGUGAUCCAAUUGAUGAAUACUGCGUCGCUCAACUCAAAGAGUAUGACGGAAAGAAACUUGUUUCAAUUACCCGUGAAGGACUCGAACUUCCAGAGGAUGAGGAAGAGAAAAAGAAGUUCGAAGAAGCUAAAGUUGAGUAUGAAAAACUUUGUAAAACUAUGACUGAUAUCCUUGACAAGAAAGUUCAAAAGGUAGUUGUUUCUAAUAGACUUGAAGAGUCUCCAUGCUGCAUUGUUACCACAGAAUCUAGCUGGUCUAGUAACAUGACUCGUAUCAUGAAAGCUCAAGCUUUACGUGAUUCAUCUACAAUGGGAUAUAUGGAGUCUAAGAAGAUUCUUGAAAUAAAUCCAAAUAACUCAAUAAUGAAGACAUUGAAAACUCGUAUCGACAAUGAUCCAGACGACAAGACAGCUAAGGACCUUAUCAUUCUUCUCUUUGAAAUUUCUUUAAUCAACAGUGGAUUCACACUCUCCGAUCCAUCAGCUCAUGCCAAUAGAAUCUAUCGUAUGAUUAAAUUGGGAUUGGAUUUGGAAGCCGAUGAUCCAGAACCUGAACCAGUCGCUGCUCCUGUAACUGAAGUUCACGAAGAUGCUGGAGAUUCAGCUCGUAUGGAAGAGGUCGAUUAA